UGGGGAAGUUCUGUUAGUUAUCGAAAGUGAAAAAAGAGUUGGGACUAGGAUAGUUUAUGUUUUCAAUUUGAGCUUAAUACGGGAAUGCAUGUCUGGAGUUGAAAUUGCAUAAGGCGUUUCUUUCGUCACGUAUAACAUAGAUCUCAGUGGGCAAACACGUAGUUGUUUGAUACUUUAUCGGUGUUCGGUGAAUCAACAUCCGCAAAAUCGAAUUUUCACUUUCUACAAUAGGAGUCAAAAAGCAUAUGUGACGACGCCUGAAGAAAGGGGUACAUUGUCGGCAAACACGAUGACACCACAAACAUAUCUAAUUUUGCUCAUGGUCAUGAGUUGGAUUCACGGAGCGAGGUCGAAAAGUGAGGGAGGAAGUGGGGAAAUGCUUAUGAGUUCGACGGAUAGUGAGGAAGGAAGUGGGGACGUAAGUUGGAUGGACAGUGAGGUCGGAAGUGAGAAAGAGACCAUGUGGUCAAUUGGUCGGACGGACAAUACGGGAAGAAAAUGGAAAGGAGGUAGAAAAGGUAAUAAGGAAGUGACCAUGAGACGGCCAAACAAGAAGGGAAAAACUGGGAAAGGACAAAGGAAAGGAGGAAAACGUAACUUUUUACAGGCAUAAAGGAAUACCUAGGAUGACAUCACCUUAUACAAAAACAAUGUACUACUUAUUGUAAUUAAAUUUAAACAAAGAACA